AUGCAACAGGUCAAGGUGCUGGAAGGUAACCAUCAGCUGUCCACAGCCCUGCUUAAUGGAGCUGAAACUGUUCUGCGCACCAGGGCUGUCCUGGAAAAAUUGAUGAAUCGCUGUCAGGAGAUGUCUGAACAUCUUCAGGGCUUGGUUGCAGAAAUCCUUGAGAAAGACCAAUUUGAAACAGCUUUCAUGGAACAACCAAAACUUCUCAAUCCCAGAUUGAAACUGGCUCCAUAUCAAUCGGUGGGAGUGAAGUGGCUGCAACUGAUGGACCAGGAAUGUGUGAAUCCUAUUCUGGCAGAUGAGAUGGGACUGGGGAAGACUGUUCAGUCAAUUGCAUUCCUUGCACACCUUGCAUCCCUUGACAACUCUGGUCCUCAUCUUGUUGUCGUACCUUCCUCAACACUUGACAACUGGUUGAAGGAAUUCCAUGCAUGGUGCCCUGAGCUCAAAGUCCUC